AUGACGGAAAUGGAGCGGUUCCACGGUCGUACCGGCAGAGAAUUCACCAUCAUCAGACGCGACGGAAUGUACGAGUGUCCCAGUUGUCAUAAUCUGUACAAGUGGAAGAAAUCGAUGCUGUCGCAUUUACGGAAUCAAUGCAAACAGCCGCCUCGAUUCGAGUGUCCUCACUGCACGAUGAAAAACUACCAAAAGUCACACAUGAUUCGUCAUUUACGCGUACACCAUCCACAACUCGCGCAAACCUUCUGGGACCGAAGGCUCAACGGUGGUGGUGGUGGUGGUGGUGGUGAAGCAGGUGACGGCACUUCCGUACCGAGAUCUCUGCCGAAUUACUACGCUCAAGCGAGGGUGAGGAACACGUACGCGAAAGGAUCGUUCGCGGAUUGCUUCAGAAAACCGUUCGGUUGCCCGAAAUGCGGACGAUGCUUCACCGUCAAGGGCAACAUGACCAGGCAUCUCAAGUACGAGUGCGGCCAAGCGCCGCGAUUCCAGUGCCCUUACUGCGAGUUCCGUAGCAAACAAACGUCCAACGUGAUGUCUCACAUCAGAACCAGGCACACGGGUCAGAGGGUUUACGUGGUGCACCUGAAAUACGAGAACUGAAGCGGAUAUCGGGACGAUGCGAAUCGAUAGAGAGCGAGCGAGC